CUAGUUUUUAUUUCAUUAUUUUUUUUUUUAAGAAAAUAAGGUUCAGGUUCAAUAUACUUCGUACAACUUAGUGAACUAGGGUUGAUUGUGGGGUCCAGAAUAGCUGUGCUGCAUUAUUAAUCUGAUAAUCUCUAUGGGUUGUUCAUCAAUCCCUAUCCACCUCACUUUUUUUUUUUUUUUUUUUUUGGGGGGGGGGGGCGGUGGGAAGAAAUAGGAGAAUAAUGUAGGUUCAGGCUCAAAGUUUUUAUAAAUUGGUAGCUGCUUCUCAAUUCUCAUAUACUAGUACAGUACGUAUUCAAUAUUUCAUUCAAAUCCUGAAAGUUAGAGUAUCCCUGCUAUACAAAGUGACUCUGCAACUAUGGAAAGUGAACAAGGAAAUUAUGAGCAUGAGCAGAACCAAACCCUUCAAAAUGACAUCAAGGGUUACAAAAGAAAAGAAAUUUCACUAGAGACGCUUCAAUCAUUUUGGUCCAAAAAUAUGACAUUCCAAGAAGCUGCAGAACAAGUUGGAGUCUCGAGGUGUACAAUGAAGCGAAGAUUGACAGAAUUGAAGCUGGUGUGGCCAUCAAGCAAAAAAAGGAAGCAACAUCUUGAUGAUGAUGCAAAGAAGAGGAAACACGAUAGUAAAGCACCAUUUGGAAGUGAUUCCACAACACAUCAGAAUUUGGUGAAUCCUUCUAAUUCAACUGCUCACGCGGAUAUUGUGGGGAAGGGUAUAACUGGAUGCGACCGGCAUAUGUUGCCAAAUCAUGUAUCAUCCAACUCCAACGCUGUUGGCAACUUGACCAUGGACACAAGAGUGGAAAACGUUAGGGAGAACUUAAUGGAUAAUCAACGUUCUGAAGAGCAUUAGAAUGGAUGAUGCUGACUAGUGGAAGA